AUGUGGGUUGAGCUUGACUCCUUGUUCGAGGUUGAGUGCCGGGUGCAGGAGCAGGGGGAUGUUGCCACUGGAGCCCUGAAGGUCGAUUUGAUCAAGGUGACGUUGGGACCGUCUCAGGACCGCAAGCAGAAAAAGACGGCGGUUGGCUGUUGUACCUGGAUAGUUGAUGAUUUGUGCAUGUGCUUGUGCGUACGACAUACUACGUACACCGUUCUGUACCUGCAGGAUGCAGCCUGGAAACCGUCAGAGCGAAGCACCUUGCGUGCGCCUUUCUUGCCUCAAAACGUCGACCGUGACAAGCAGACGGGAAAACGGAAAGAGCAGAGGCAUCCGUUCCUGUCUCGUUUGGCGCAUUCGUCUUCCCCUUUGAGAAACAACUAUCGCGGAGCGUCAGUCAUCCUGAAAAGUCUACCUACCUACCUUAGGUAUCCUCUCCUUCCACGACAACGCUCAGCGGGUGAACCGUGUCAGCCCCGGAGCCAAUCAGUUUCGGUCUCCCGGUACUGUGGACGGCGAGAAAGCCCCACGCCGACCUCCGUCGGCCUCUACGCCCAAGACUCCGAGACCGCGCCCUCCCUGUUGGUCGCCCGUCACAACCUGCCGUUAUCCGACUUGAUAUAUGCUAUACUCCGUACUGAGAAGCACAGAUCAGACAUCCAAUAUGAUGCUGAGAGAAACGCCGCGGGCGAUCAAACACUACACAUUCGUCAGCAGGCACGGCACCCAGGCGGCACACCUCGAUCGAUCAAAUUGGCUGUAUCCGCAUGUGCGGUGUAUCGUGUACCCCAGCCAAUACCUGGUUUCAUUACCAAUGCUUCCCGACCCCAGAUGUACCUCUCGACGACAUUGGACGAAGCCCACCCGACUCCUACACUGCCAAUUUCACCAGUGACCUCACUUCAGUGCUCCACAGCACACCACACGAUACACUACAAACACAACAGCACGCCGUCGUGGAAUCUCCGCGACAUCCGUGCUGCAUUUCAGCAUGAAAAGCAAGCCUCACAUGAUGCCACCGACCACGACGUCUCCCCAAUGACGUGCCUGUCAUUCAAUCGUAUCCCUGGCCUCAUCGUCAGGCCGAUGCUCUUGUGGUAUCGCCGACGUGGCAGCCCCCAGCUAACCAGUGUUACUGAUUUGAUCCAAGUUGACAACAGUCUAGACAUGAUCCCCAAGGGCCAAAUACCACCUCAACCCGGACACGCAGUAUGUAGUGCAGCAACCCAGGACAACCGCAUUGUCCGUUGCCCCGAUGCAGGGUCCCAUUCGGCUUCAUACCUCGAUGGCCGUCCGUCGAGAUAUGCAAAUGACCGGCUGGUAGAUAGUAUCCUGCGGCUUGGUGCCAAUAGCUUGUUGGCGUUCCCGGCCCUAGUCGCUUCCGUCGCAGCUGAAUUCACCCAAGCUAGGUCAACGGCCAUGGCUAUCGCUUCUCGACCAUCGAGAUGA